CAGACUGGCCUCAUUCAACGCUCAACUUACUUCAGAGAAGAACAUCACGAGAACUCUCCAGAUUUUUGUCUACGUGCAAAGCUGCUUCCUACUGCAUAACCUUGUGAAAGUUUCAUCAGUUCAGUUUUACUUCGGCAUGAUAGAAGAGCAUUGCCAUAAGGAUAGCAAAAGUGCAAAUCUUAAGAGAAGAAGACGAGAAAACUAUAAUAAUUCUUGCAUUUUGAAAUAUUAAUUGGGUAAAGAAGCCCAAAGUGGACGUUAUCAAAGUCAUAUAAGUUGCUACUAUUAAUUAUCACAACUUCCUUGUUACGCAUUAAAUGCAUAAAGCGAAAAGAGCUAAGAUGGACGUGAAUUCGAUCGCAAAGAAAGUGAAAAGCUUGAAGAAUGCUGAAAAGCGUCGCGAGCGGUCUAUGGUGGCGGCGAGGUGUCGUCGUGGGAGGGAAUGUAACCUAUUUAGUGACCUCUCGGCCACCCUGCCAAUGGUGGAGGAAACAAAGUCUACCCUGGAUAAGGCCUCAAUCCUUCGCCUUACCCUGUGUGACCUUCACCUCAGAAAGAUGAUGAACUCCGAUGGAGGAUUUUGUGCCAGUCCUGCUAUUGAGAGUGCCGAAAAAUUUCCAAACUUCAUGCGUGCAGACAUUGAAACUCAAAUAGAUCUCACUUUGGGAGGUUUCAUCCUCGUACUUCGAGAAGACGGGGACGUCGUUUAUGCUUCGAAAGGGAUCACUUCCCAGCUUGGAAUUCAACAGCAUGAAAUCAUGGGUCAAUCCAUCUUCGACUAUAGUCACCAAUACGACCACACCGAUAUCCGCAGUUUGUUGAAAGUUAGUCACGCCACGGGAAGUGAUGAGGAGACUAAAUCUGUCCUGUUCAGGAUGAAAUGCACGGCAGCAUCCAUGGGCAGGAACGUCUCAUCCAGGGCGGAAAACUUUAAGGAGAUCAACUGUACUGGUCACAUGAUCGAGGAGGAUGGAACCAAGAGUAGCAAUAAAUGGUUCAUUUCAACCUGCCAACCACUCCCACAUCCAUCCCAUACCGACAUUCCUCUUGAGAAGGACACCUUCGUCACUAAGCAUACUCUCGAUAUGAAAUUCUCUUAUGUGGAUGACGCCGUCUUGGAAUUGCUUGGAUACACCCCAGAGGAAAUGGUUGGGCGGUCACUGUUUGAGUUUAAUCAUGCAUUAGAUGGGACACAGAUUGGGAAAGCGUUCAAGUCUUUGUAUGACAAAGAACAGAACCAGACUGACCGGUAUCGGUUUCUCACAAAGGGGGGUGGCUGGGUUUGGGUAGUUACACAAGCCACUGUAAUCCGAAGUUCCAGCAGCAAAGGGCGACCCUCUUCAGUCGUUUGUAUCCACUCCAUCACAUCCGGGAGGGAGGAACAAGAUCAGAUUUUAUCAGAAGUGCAAAUUGGAGAUGUCAUAAAGACGGAAAAUAACGCCACCAAUCAAUUAAAACCAAUCCUGACUUCCGAGGAUGAAGAGGAUAACUUCAUUUCCGACCUACUCGUUGGUCCUCUCCUCAACAAGGGAAUUUGCUCCACAGCAAAAAUCUUUACUGCAAGAACUAAAGACAUGGACACCGGGUAUCUUAUGGAGGUUGACGACACCCUCAUCCCGACUCUGGAAGAACCCGAAGAUCUCACCCAUCUUGCCCCCAUGGCUGGAGACGAAUGUGUCUCAUUAGAAAUUCCGUUACUCGACGACUUGCUCGCCUCUUUGGAUGCUGAUGACAUGUCGUAUUCAUUUUUGGAUGAUGAAGAAGAGUUACAACAAUUUGACAUUGUCCAACCCAAGGCGACUGAGCCAGAACAAGUCAAACUACUAGGUCAACCAAGUCCUGCCCUCUCAACCCAGCCAAUUUUGUGUUCCACCAAUCCACCAGUACCUACUCAAACUCAAGUGAUUGGUGAUUAUUUGGAGAGGGAAGUAUUUUCUCAACAAGUUCCCGAAGUCGUUGCUGCAUCAGCAAUGGGCAAUCUUGUGGAAUCCACUCCCACUAAAUUAAGGCGCCUCGAUGACGGUGGCCCACCUGCAAAAGUAUUUGUUCUCGUUCCAGCCAGACCUACGGCAGGAUCAAUCCCUAGCACACCACCAAUUCCAAAAAAUCAGGACGAUAAUGGACUGUUAGACUUGGUGAAAUUAGUCCAUGCACAACAGCUUCAGAUAGAACAACAAGCCUUGAUUCAAAAGCAGUUAAUCGCCAGAAUGGAGACCAUGACAAAGGCUGUUGGUAGUCAAGCGCCUCGAAGGGGAGAAAAGCGAAACUUUGCUGGUUUACUCCUUAACGAGGGACAACUCUCCACGGAUCAGCUUAUUCCACAAAAUUCCGAAACAGCUUCGUCAUUUGAAGAUUUCCUCAACACACUAGAAUUGGACAAUCCUGCCAUUUGUUAGAAACAAAAUCAAGUAUGUUGCACUCAUACAUAAGUAGGUUGAAGUAAUUAACAAUUCCAUGCUACGUUUUAAUGUUUUAUGUUAUUUAUUAUUUUUUUCGGUAAACAAUUAAGAAAAAUAUGAAUUUAUGUAUAACCGAUCAGAAGGACGAAACAAAUAAACCUUGAUAAACAAACUAAA